CGUUACAGCGCAUCAAGACUGAAGACCAAUAGUUAUCUGGACCUGCCCCAACCAUAUCGCAACACAUGUAAUCAUUUCACCUUGACAACCUUUGGGCAUAGAUGUCAUCAGGGCCAAAGGCAAAUGGCAAUAACAACACGGGGCGGCCUUCCCGAGUGGAUGCUGCGAGGAAAUGGGUUGCAGAGGAAACGAGAACUGAAGCAAAGGAAGCCUUUGAUCAACAUACCAAGGAGACAGGCAACCUCGAUGUCCUCUCCCGUUGCAAGAAGCUCAAUGAGUUGUUAAGCAGCGAUGUACUGAAGGGCAAGGGCGAUGCGAAAGCGCAACUUAAGGAAAUUCUGGGCAUACUGCACACGGGACCUAAACGACCAGCAUUCUUGGACAAGCCGCCUGUGACAGCUAGUGCAGGAAAGCGCGGCGCGUCGUCAAGCGCUGGAAACGAGAGGCCGCUCACGUCACCUGCGAACUGCACUGUGGCCAAUGAUGUCACGAAAGCUGCGGAGAGUCCUGCUGACGGCAGCAGCCGUAGGUCCUGGGAUCGCACGGCACACAACACGCUUCAGCGGCCUUCAGAAGAGGUGGAAGACAUUAUCACCUUGCUCAACGGACCUUUGCCGCUGGACAGCGCACAAGUUGGUGUGGUGUGUCGUACACCACAAAACGGUCCUGGCACCGAGCAGCAGGCGCGCAUUAAGGAACAAAAGCAGAAAGCAGAGGAGGCAGCCGAAGCAGCAGAACAGCAGCGCAAGGCUAAGGAGGCAGCCGAAGCAGAAGAACAGCAGCGCAAGGCUAAGGAGGCAGCGGAAGCAGCAGAACAGCAGCGCAAGGCAAAGGAAGCAGCCGAAGCAGCAGAACAGCAGCGCAAGGCAAAGGAAGCAGCCGAAGCAGAAGAACAGCAGCGCAAGGCUAAGGAGGCAGCGGAAGCAGCAGAACAGCUGCGCAAGGCUAAGGAGGCAGCCGAAGCAGCAGAACAGCAGCGCAAGGCAAAGGAGGAAGCGGAGGCGGAGCGCCAGCGGGCCGCAGCGGAAGCUCUGCGGCUGCACCGUGUGCAGUGCGGGGCCGCCGUGUGCAUUCAAUCGCAUUGGCGCGGCUAUUGUUGCAGACGGCGUGCGGCGCUGCGGCGGCAGGAGCUGGCGGCGCAGCACGCCGCGGCCAGCAUCCUACAAGCCGCCUGGCGAUCCCGCGAAUCAGCGCUUCAGUACCGCCAGCGACUCCUCGCCGUGGGCAUGUUGCAAUGCGCUGUGCGUGCGUGGCAUGCACGGCGCCACCUUCACCACCUGCGUGUGGAGGCAUUCAUGCGGGAAAGGUCUGCUCGGGUCAUUCAGCGUGCUUUCUUGGCUUAUCGGGCGCGGGGGUAUACGUUGGGGCCCUUGCGCCUGCCCCCCGGCGCACGACCUCAAAGCUCCUUAGGCGUGGACGGCGCGGCCCUGCUCGCCAAGCAGCUACGGCUGCGCAGCGCCGUUGACACCCGUUUGGCGCCUGAGUGCGUUGCCAACGGCUCUGGAGGAGGAGGAGACGACGACAGUGCGCGCCAACACCGCACCGUAGUGACCCACAUGGAGCGGAUGCGCCAGGUCAGCGUGAACGAACGUAACCGGCGCUGCGACGUCAGCGAACGUGCUAUCAUGGUAGCAAGCGAGCAUCGCGACACAGCAGAGGCCCUGGCUAUAGCACGUCAGGGCUUCGGCACGAGUACACCGAGGGCCCCCUCACCUUCCACGCUACGGAUAGAGCUGGUUUUGCCGCUCCUAAAUAACCGUGCAUGCAUUGGCCAGCUUUUGCGUCAAUCGGCGUUCUGA